AUGAGACUGAAGUACCUGCGCACAAAGCCCCGCAAGGUCGUUGAGGCCAGCCCCUGUAUUGUCGAGAUGGGUGCCAUGAUCCAGUGCUGGACUGCCUCGGGCGUCGAUGAUGCAAAGUGCAUGCAGACCGCCAAGAUGCUCGCCGAUUGCAUGAAGAACUUGCAAUUGGGACCAGGAUCAGACAAGUUUGCAGCUUCGCCCAAGGAAGGAUUUAUUCAGGAAAAGGAUCGCAACCGGAUCCAGAGUAUUCUGAUGUCUUCAGCCAUGGAUCUGAAGGAUAAGAUUGGUCCCACGAAGGUCAAGAACGUCAACACGGUCAACUACCAUCUUGCCCGUCUCCAGAAGCAGCUUUAG